AUGCCCCGCGGCUUCCUGGUGAAGCGCAGCAAGAAGUCCACGCCCGUGUCCUACCGGGUCCGCGGUGGCGAGGACGGCGACCGCGCGCUGCUGCUCUCGCCGGGCUGCGGGGGAGCCCGCGCCUCGCCCCCGGCGCCGAGCCCCGGGCCGGGCCCUCUGCCGCCGCCGCCGCCGCCCGCCGAGCGCGCCCAUGCGGCGCUCGCCGCCGCGCUCGCCUGCGCGCCGGGCCCGCCGCCACCCCCGCCAGGGCCGCGGGCCGCGCACUUCGGCAACCCCGAGGCCGCGCACCCCGCGCCGCUCUACAGCCCCACGCGGCCCGUGAGCCGCGAGCACGAGAAGCACAAGUACUUCGAGCGCAGCUUCAACCUCGGCUCGCCCGUCUCGGCCGAGUCCUUCCCCACGCCCGCCGCGCUGCUCGUUGGAGGAGGCGGCGGCGGCGGGGCCAAUGGCGCGGGCGGCGGCGGCACCUGCGGCGGCGACCCGCUGCUCUUCGCGCCCGCCGAGCUCAAGAUGGGCACGGCGUUCUCCGCGGGCGCCGAGGCGGCCCGCGGCCCGGGGCCCGGCCCCCCGCUACCCCCCGCCGCCUCCCUGCGGCCCCCAGGCAAGCGACCCGCGCCCCCCGCCGCCGCCGCCGCCGCCGCCGCCGAGCCGCCCGCCAAGGUAGCCAAGGCCCCAGGCGCCAAGAAGCCCAAAGCCAUCCGCAAGCUGCACUUCGAGGACGAGGUGACCACGUCGCCCGUGCUGGGGCUCAAGAUCAAGGAAGGCCCGGUGGAGGCGCCGCGGGGCCGCGCGGGGAGCGCGGCGCGGCCGCUGGGCGAGUUCAUCUGCCAGCUCUGCAAGGAGGAGUACGCCGACCCGUUUGCGCUGGCGCAGCACAAGUGCUCGCGCAUCGUGCGCGUGGAGUACCGCUGCCCCGAGUGCGCCAAGGUCUUCAGCUGCCCGGCCAACCUGGCCUCGCACCGCCGCUGGCACAAACCGCGGCCUGCGCCCGCCGCCGCCCGCGCGUCCGAGCCCGAAACCGCUGCCAGGGCUGAGGCGCGGGAGGCGACGGGCGGCGGCGGCAGCGACCGCGACACGCCGAGCCCCGGCGGCGUGUCCGAGUCGGGCUCGGAGGACGGGCUCUACGAGUGCCACCACUGCGCCAAGAAGUUCCGCCGCCAGGCCUAUCUGCGCAAGCACCUGCUGGCGCACCACCAGGCGCUGCAAGCCAAGGGCGCGCCGCCGGCGCCCCCCGCCGAGGACCUACUGGCCUUGUACCCCGGGCCCGACGAGAAGGCGCCCCAGGAGGCGGCCGGCGACGGCGAGGCGGCCGGCGUGCUGGGCCUGAGUGCGUCCGCCGAGUGCCACCUGUGCCCAGUGUGCGGGGAGACAUUCCCCAGCAAGGGCGCCCAGGAGCGCCACCUGCGCCUGCUGCACGCCGCCCAGGUGUUCCCCUGCAAGUACUGCCCGGCCACCUUCUACAGCUCGCCCGGCCUCACGCGGCACAUCAACAAGUGCCACCCAUCCGAGAACAGACAAGUGAUCCUCCUGCAGGUGCCCGUGCGUCCGGCCUGCUAG